CCGGGCGCCGCUCUCCGCGGGGUCCCGGAGCCUCCUGGCUGGUGGGAGGGGUGGGGCCAAAGUUGUAGGUUUGGAUCCCGCCACUGCGGGUAUGGAGCUGGGUCCCGCCGCGUCCCCCGGGCCUUCCCGCUCCUUCAAGGAGGAGCUGCUCUGUGCCGUCUGCUACGACCCCUUCCGCGACGCCGUGACUCUUCGCUGCGGGCACAACUUCUGCCGCGUGUGCGUGACCCGCUGCUGGGAGGUGCAGGUGGCGCCCACCUGCCCGGUGUGCAAGGACCGAGCGGCCCUCGCCGACCUGCGCACAAACCACACCCUCAACAACCUGGUCGAGAAGCUGCUGCGCGAGGAGGCCGAGGGCGCGCGCUGGGCGGGCCACCGUUCUCCGCGACUCUGCCGCCCGCAUCGUGGCCAGUUCAGCCUCUUCUGCCUCGACGACAAGGAGCUGCUGUGCUGCUCUUGCCAGGCCGACCCCCGGCACCAGGGGCACCGCGUGCAGCCGGUGAAGGACACUGCCCAUGACUUUCGGGCCAAGUGCAGGAACAUGGAGCACGCGCUGCGGGAAAAAGCCAAGGCCUUCUGGGCCAUGAGGCGUUCCUACGAGGCCAUUGCCAAGCACAAUCAGGUGGAGGCUGCCUGGCUGGAAGGGCGAAUCCGGCAGGAGUUUGACAAACUCCGCGAGUUCCUGCGUGUGGAGGAGCAAGCCAUCCUGGAUGCCAUGGCCGAGGAGGCGAGGCAGAAGCAGCGUCUGGUGGAGGAGAAGAUGAAGCGGUUGGCGGAAGACACAGAAGCUCUAGCCCAGGAGAUCGAGCGGCUGCAGGUGGAGAUGAAGGAGGAUGAUGUUUCUUUUCUCAUGAAACACAAAAGCCGAAAACGCCGCCUCUUCUGCACCAUGGAGCCGGAGCCUAUGCAGCCGGGCAUGCUCAUCGACAUCUGCAAGUAUCUGGACUCCCUGCAGUACCGCGUCUGGCGGAAGAUGGUCACCUCUGUAGAAUCUGUGCCUUUCAGCUUCGAUCCCAACACCGCAGCCGGCUGGCUAUCUGUGUCCGAUGACCUCACCAGCGUCACCAACCAUGGCUACCGAGUGCAGGUGGAGAACCCGGAGCGCUUCUCCUCCGCGCCCUGCCUGCUGGGCUCCUGCGUCUUCUCCCAGGGCUCCCACACCUGGGAGGUGGACCUGGGGGGGCUGCCAAGCUGGCGGGUGGGUGUGGUGCGGCUGCGCCAGGAUGCUGGCGCUGAGGGCCACUCACAUAGCUGCUACCACGACACCCGCUCGGGCUUCUGGUACGUGUGCCGCACACAGGGGGUGGAUGGGGACCACUGCAUGACCUCGGACCCAGCAACGUCGCCCUUGGUCCCGGCCAUCCCUCGCCGCCUGCGUGUGGAGCUGGAGUGUGAGGAGGGCGAGCUGUCCUUCUACGAUGCCGAGAGCCACUGCCACCUCUACACCUUCCACGCCCGCUUUGGGGAGGUGCGGCCCUACUUCUACCUGGGGGGUGCGCGGGGGGAUGGCCCCCUUGAGCCUUUGCGCAUCUGUCCCCUGCGCAUCACCAUCAGGGAGGAGCUGGAUGGCUGAGGCCGACCAGGAGCCUGGCCGCUGCUGCCAGGGACUUGCGUGGUAGUCCUGUUUUCUUUCUGUCCCUCCCUCUCAAGCUGCUCUCACUUCCGUACCUCUGAACCGUCGGCCUACUUGCCAGGAUCUUCCCUGCGGAUCAGUCUUGUCCUCCUUCUGUAGCUCCAGGCCCCAAGCCGCCCCCUUCAUUUCUGAAGGCAUCCAGGGGACACCUCAUUCCAGAGCCCUGGCACCUUCCGGGUGUGGAUUUUCUAAACCCAAAUUCCAAGAUGUCUGAGGAUAACACUGACUUCUAUGGAUGGGCCUGUUUUAACAUGUGGGUCUUAGUAUCUGGGUAUGGUGAGGCCAGCAGACCUGGAGAGCCUACUGUGGGAAAGAGCUUGUUAUUUACAGUUCCCAAGAAGCACCAGAGCCACUGAGGAGGCAGAGGGAGUUGAGGGAGCACGAGGUGGGAGACUUUGUUACGGUUUUAGUGACAAGAACAGGCUUGGCAGGGGCUCUGAGUAGACAGGUUUGGGAUCUGCUAGUUGGAAUAAUUUUGGCAGGCUCUGGGGCGUAGGGGCCGCCCCCCAGUUGUUGGGGGUGAUGGGACUGGGGGACUGGGGACGAUCUGGAGAGGAAGCAGUGACCCUGCGGGAUUAGAGUUCUGUGAGAGCCAGGUAAAGGAAGUGGUUGGGGGUAUAGUGGUCGGUUUGCAUAUGAAAGGCGUGCUCCAAGUAGUUGGUUGCUCUCUCCGGAAAUUGGCUAGGGCCAGAAAGAGCAGUUUCCCUGAGGUCAGAGUUUCUACAAUUCAGAUAAGAAAAUCUGGUUCAUACAGCACUGCUGCUGUGGCUUUGGAGCAGGCCCCGGGCCCCAAACUUGGCUGUCACUUUAUACCAGUAUGUUCAGACCUCUCCACAGAGUCCCCUCGCAUCCCCCAGGGCAGAGGCAAGGCUGCCUGCAGGUCAGCUCUGAUUUAUCUGUUUACCUUUCUUGGACUAUUUCCAAAUAGUGACUAUUUGGACUAUUUCAGACGCGAUUUUAAAAACGGCAGUUUAGACCCGUUCCUGCUAUGGGCCUCCGUUUCCUCAGCUAUAGAUGAGAUAGGAGGACUGGAAAAUUACGUCCUAUAGAUGCUAUGAAAGAAACAGCUCGGAUUCAUUCUUAUAAAGUAAUGAGAAUGGAAGGAAAGAGGGGUCAUUUCCAGUGAGGACGUAGGAAAGGGAGGAAACGGUCCUGGGGAGUGGUGGGGGGUCCCUCGCUUAGCCUUGCUGGCCGCAGCCUGCUCCUUGC